CGGCGUGCGGCGGCAGACGGAGCCUGGGCUCCCAGCGGCAAGGUGAGGCAGAGCUACGCUCCUCGCUGAACGCGGGCCGAGCUCGGCGGCUGCGGGGGAGACGCGCCGGAGCCCAGACCGCGACCGAGAGCGGGAGCGAGGCGGGCGGCGGCGGCGGAGGGGGAGCCCGCGAGCCGCCGGGCGGGGAGCCCAAGCCGCGCUGUCGCCGCGCAGGGACGACUUGGCCAACACACUCGCACACACACACUCACACACACACACACACUCACACACACACACACACACCCAGCCCGAGCGGGCGCUCGCGGCGAUCCGUCAACAUGGCGCUGGGGCUCCUGCCCGAGCGCGGGCGGCAGCAGCGGCGGCGCGGGAGCUGCUGAGCCCGGCCGAGCCCGGCCCAGCCGCGGGAGCCCGGAGGAUCGCGCGGGGCUGUCGCCACCUGCCCGGAGGCUUUGAGCCCGCCCCGCCCCGCCCCCACCCAGCCCAGAGCCCACCCCUCGGCGGGGCCGACCCCGAGGGCAGCCGGCUGGCAGCAGACGGCGAGGGAGACGAGCGAGCGCGGCGCCGCGAGCGGGCUGCGGGCAGCCGGGGACGGCAAACUUUGCUGCUCGCCGCGCUUCCCCGGCCCGGCUCCUUCUCCGCUGGCUAACGUCGCCAUCCCACUCUCCUCCAACCCCGCACACCUCUCCCUGUCCAGCCAUCCGCCCCUCGCUCCUCCUCGCCGCCUCGACUCUGUUCGGGGGGAAAACUUCAAAGCGCCGAAUCGCAGGCUCCCAGCUCACUCCCCGGCCGGGGAUUUCAGACUAGACGCUUGAAGAAAAGCCGCCAUCCAAGAAGACGACAUGCUUUCAGCAACCCCCCUGUAUGGGAACGUUCACAGCUGGAUGAACAGCGAGAGGGUCCGCAUGUGUGGGAUCAACGAAGACAGGAAAAUUCCUGUAAAUGAUGGUGACGCUUCAAAGGCCAGACUGGAACUAAGGGAAGAGAAUCCCUUGAACCACAACGUGGUGGAUGCCACUACUGGUCAUAGGAUCGAUGGCCUGGCAGCACUGAGCAUGGACCGCACUGGCCUGAUCCGGGAAGGGCUUCGCGUCCCCGGCAACAUCGUCUACUCUAGCUUGUGCGGACUGGGCUCCGAGAAAGGUCGGGAGGCUGCCGCGAGCACGCUAGGUGGUCUCGGGUUCUCUUCUGAGAGAAAUCCAGACAUGCAGUUCAAACCGAACACCCCCGAGACCGUGGAGGCUUCCGCCGUCUCGGGAAAGCCCCCAAACGGCUUCAGUGCUAUAUAUAAGACACCACCCGGAAUACAAAAAAGUGCUGUGCCCACAGCCGAAACACUGGGCUUGGACAGGCCUGCCAGCGACAAACAGAGCCCUCUCAACAUCAAUGGUGCUAGUUACCUGCGGCUGCCCUGGGUCAAUCCCUACAUGGAGGGGGCCACUCCAGCCAUCUACCCGUUCCUUGACUCGCCAAAUAAGUAUUCACUGAACAUGUACAAGGCCUUGCUACCUCAGCAGUCCUACAGCUUGGCCCAGCCGCUGUAUUCUCCGGUCUGCACCAAUGGGGAACGUUUUCUCUACCUGCCGCCGCCUCACUACGUCAGUCCCCACAUCCCGUCGUCCCUGGCUUCGCCCAUGAGGCUCUCGACGCCUUCGGCCUCCCCGGCCAUCCCACCUCUGGUCCACUGCGCAGACAAAAGCCUGCCCUGGAAGAUGGGCGUCAGUCCCGGGAACCCCGUCGAUUCCCACGCCUAUCCCCACAUCCAGAACAGUAAACAGCCUAGGGUGCCCUCCGCCAAGGCGGUCACCAGCGGCCUGCCCGGGGACACAGCCCUCCUGUUGCCCCCCUCGCCCCGGCCUUCACCCCGCGUCCACCUGCCCCCCCAGCCCACUGCAGACUCCUACUCCGAAUUUCACAAGCACUACGCCAGGAUCUCCACGUCACCGUCCGUCACCCUGUCAAAGCCAUACAUGACGGUCAGCAGUGAGUUCCCCUCGGCCAGGCUCUCCAACGGCAAGUAUCCUAAGACUCCGGAAGGGGCCGACAGUGCCCAGCCGGUUCCCGGGCACCCCCGGAAAACAGCAGGUCAAGACAGAAAAGACGGGGGCUCACCGCCUCUGUUGGAGAAGCAGACGGUUACCAAAGACGUCACCGAUAAGCCCCUCGACUUGUCUGCUAAGGUGGUAGAUGUCGAUGCUUCCAAAGCUGACCACAUGAAAAAGAUGGCUCCCACGGUCCUCGUGCACAGCAGAGCUGGAAGCGGCUUAGUGCUGUCCGGAAGCGAGAUUCCGAAAGAAACAUUAUCUCCUCCCGGAAGCGGCUGUGCUAUCUAUAGAUCUGAAAUCAUUAGCACGGCUCCCUCGUCCUGGGUGGUGCCCGGGCCGAGCCCUAACGAAGAGAACAAUGGCAAAAACGUGCCGCCGAAAAACAAGGCCUUGGACUGGGCCAUACCGCAGCAGCGGAGUUCAUCGUGUCCCCGCAUGGGCGGCACCGACGCCGUGGUCGCUAACGUCGCAGGGUCGGUAUCGAGCGCGGGCCGCCCAGCCUCCGCGUCGCCUGCGCCAAAUGCCACCGCAGACGGCUGCAAGACCGGCAGGAGCUCCAUGGACACCACGCCGUCCGUCAUUCAGCACGUGGGCCAGCCCCCGAGCACGCCGGCCAAGCACGGCGGCAGCACCACCGGCAGCAAGGGUGCCAAAGCCAGCAACCCGGAGCCGAGCUUCAAAGCGAACGAGAAUGGCCUCCCGCCGAGCUCGAUAUUUCUGUCUCCAAGUGAGGCUUUCAGGUCCCCACCGAUCCCCUACCCCAGGAGUUACCUCCCUUACCCAGCGCCCGAGGGCAUUGCUAUCAGUCCCCUCUCCUUACACGGCAAGGGACCCGUCUACCCCCACCCGGUUUUGUUGCCCAACGGCAGUCUCUUUCCUGGGCACCUUGCCCCAAAGCCCGGACUGCCCUACGGGCUGCCCACAGGCCGGCCGGAGUUUGUCACCUACCAGGACGCACUGGGGUUGGGCAUGGUGCAUCCCAUGUUGAUACCUCACACGCCCAUCGAGAUCACGAAAGACGAGAAGCCAGAGAGGAGGUCCCGCUCCCACGAGAGAGCCCGCUAUGAGGACCCGACGCUCCGGAACCGGUUUUCCGAGAUGCUGGAAGCUAGCGGCACGAAGUUACACCCGGACGUCCCCGCCGCCGACAAGAACCUAAAGCCGAGCCCCGGCUGGAGUCAAGGGAAGACGGUCGUCAAGAGCGACAAGCUUGUCUACGUAGACCUUCUCCGCGAAGAGCCAGAGGCCAAAACUGACGCCAACGGGUCCAAACCGGGCUUCGCGGCGGAGAGCGUGGGCCAGAGCGCCGAGCCCGCCAAGCCCCCGGCCGACCCGGCCCUGCAGCCACACCGCGAUUUCAUCGCCCUGAGAGAGGAGUUGGGGCGCAUCAGCGAUUUCCACGAAGCUUACGCGUUCAAACAGGCCCCGGGCCAGUCAGUCUUCAGCCUGAGCAAGGAGAACGUUCCAGCGGGGACCAACAAGGAGAACCUGGGGAUGCCGGUGGCGACUCCCUUCCUGGAGCCGACUCUGGGGAGCGAUGGCCCUGCUGUGACUUUCGGUAAAACCCAAGAGGAUCCCAAACCAUUUUGCGUGGGCAGUGCCCCAGCGAGUGUGGACGUCGCCCCCACCUAUACCAAAGAUGGAGUUGAUGAGGCGGAAUCGAACGACGGCAAAGUUCUGAAACCGAAGCCGUCGAAGCUGGCAAAGAGGAUCGCCAACUCCGCCGGUUACGUGGGUGACCGAUUCAAGUGUGUCACUACCGAACUGUAUGCAGAUUCCAGCCAGCUCAGCCGGGAGCAGCGGGCCCUGCAGAUGGAAGGAUUACAAGAGGACAGUAUUUUAUGUCUCCCCGCUGCUUACUGUGAGCGUGCAAUGAUGCGCUUCUCAGAGCUGGAGAUGAGAGAGAGAGAAGGUGGCCACCCAACAGCCAAAGACUCCGAGGUGUGCAAAUUCAGCCCCGCUGACUGGGAGAGGUUGAAAGGAAAUCCGGACAAAAAGCCAAAGUCGGUCGCCCUGGAAGAGGCCAUUGCCGACCAGAAUGACAAUGAGAGAUGCGAAUACAGUGCUGGAAACAAACACGAUCCCUUUGAAGCGCCAGAGGACAAAGAUCUUCCCGUGGAGAAAUACUUCGUGGACAGGCAGCCUGCGAGCGAGCCCCCCGCCGACCAGGCGGCCGGGGACGUGCCACACAGCCCCACCCUCCGGCUGGACAGAAAGCGCAAAGUCUCAGGUGACAGCAACCACACCGAGACCGCAGCGGAAGACCUGCCGGAGGACCCUCUGCUGAAAGCCAAGCGAAGACGGGUCUCCAAAGAUGACUGGCCUGAGAGGGAAAUGACAAACAGUUCCUCUAACUACUUAGAAGACCCACAUUAUAGUGAGCUGACCAACCUGAAGGUGUGCAUUGAAUUAACAGGGCUCCAUCCUAAAAAGCAACGCCACUUGCUGCACCUUAGAGAACGGUGGGAGCAGCAGGUGUCGGCAGCAGAGAGCAAACCUGGCCGGCAGGGCAGGAAGGAAGUGACCCAGGCAGUUCAGCCUGAGGUCACUGCCCAGGGCAAUAACAGCCCCGAAGAGAAACCUGGCAGGAAAAGGGCAGAGGCCAAAGGCAACAGAAGCUGGUCGGAGGAGUCCCUCAAAUCCAGUGACAACGAACAAGGCUUGCCUGUGUUCUCCGGCUCUCCGCCCAUGAAGAGCCUUUCAUCCACCAAUGCAAGCGGCAAAAAGCAGCCUCCGCCAAGCUGCGCGCCAGCCUCGAGGCCGCCUGCCAAACAGCAGAAAAUUAAAGAAAGCCAGAAGACAGAUGUGCUGUGCACAGACGAAGAAGAAGAUUGCCAGGCUGCCUCCCUGCUGCAGAAAUACACCGACAACAGCGAGAAACCAUCCGGGAAGAGACUGUGCAAAACCAAGCAUUUGAUCCCUCCGGAGCCCAGGCAGGGCUUGUCGCUGACCGGAGACUACUAUGUGGAGAACACUGACGGCAAGGUGACCGUCCGGAGGUUCAGAAAGCGGCCCGAGCCCAGUUCCGACUACGAUUUGUCACCAGCCAAGCAGGACCAGAAGCCCUUCGACCGUUUGCAACAACUGCUGCCGGCUUCCCAGUCCUCCCAGCUGCCGCGCUCAAGCUCCCCUCCCGAGACCACCCAGUCGCGCCCGAUGCCGCCAGAAGCACGGAGACUUAUUGUCAAUAAGAACGCAGGCGAGACCCUCCUGCAGCGGGCAGCCCGGCUUGGCUACGAGGAAGUGGUCUUGUACUGCCUGGAGAACAAGAUUUGUGACGUGAACCAUCGAGACAACGCGGGCUACUGUGCCCUGCACGAAGCUUGUGCCAGGGGGUGGCUCAACAUUGUGCGACACCUCCUUGAAUAUGGCGCGGACGUCAACUGCAGUGCCCAGGACGGAACCAGACCUCUCCACGAUGCCGUCGAGAACGAUCACUUGGAAAUCGUCCGUUUGCUCCUCUCUUAUGGUGCUGACCCCACUUUGGCUACGUACUCAGGUAGAACCAUCAUGAAAAUGACCCACAGCGAGCUUAUGGAAAAGUUUUUAACAGAUUAUUUAAAUGACCUACAGGGUCGCAGUGACGAAGAUUCCAAUGGCUCCUGGGAGUUCUAUGGCAGCGCUGUGUGCGAGCCAGAUGAUGAAAGCGGAUAUGACGUUUUGGCAAACCCCCCGGGGCCGGAGGACCAGGAUGACGACGAUGAGGCCUACAGCGACGUGUUUGAAUUUGAGUUCUCAGAAAGCCCCCUCUUACCGUGUUAUAACAUCCAAGUGUCCGUCGCUCAGGGGCCUCGAAACUGGCUGUUGCUCUCGGACGUGCUCAAGAAACUGAAGAUGUCCUCCCGCAUAUUCCGGUGCAACUUCCCAAACGUGGAAAUCGUCACCAUCGCAGAGGCAGAGUUUUACCGGCAAGUUUCGGCAAGUCUCCUGUUCUCUUGCUCCAAAGACCUGGAAGCCUUUAACCCCGAAAGCAAGGAGCUCUUAGACCUGGUGGAGUUCACCAGCGAGCUUCAGACUCUGCUGGGCUCGUCCAUGGAGUGGCUCCACCCCGGCGACAUGGGCUCGGACGACUACUGGUGAGCUCGCCGGGCCCUCCAUGUACAGUGUGGUAUAGUGUUAAUCUUUGUGCAUAUGUGUCAUAAUACGACUAUUUCUGUAAAGAAAGGACACUAUUACAUACGAAAAUAUCUCUUCUUUAUAUAAGAGAAACGGCUCCAGUCAGACGGACUUAGAAAACACGGAUUUCGUUGCUGUCGUCGUUCUUUUCUUUCUAAACGUCUCCCGUCAGUUUUUAUGAAGUUGUUCUAACGUUUCUUUACUGUUUCGAUGCACACACGCUUUGGGAUACGUUCGUUUUUACUGGGACUGUGUGUUUUGUUCCAUUUCUCUCUUAAGGAGAACACAAACAAUGAGGAAACGGAGUUCCACACUUGGACGCGACGUCACACAGAGCUCCCUCGUCGGAGGCCACGACUCUUGCGAGUGUGGUCCGAGCCACGCGGCUGGUUUCGGGCAGCGAGUUGGGUGAAGGCGCUUGGCAAUUGUUGUACCUUUAUGUUUUGUUUACAGAGUACCUGCUCGGGCCAGGUCAAUGCUAUUGGAUGUAAUCCGGUAGUGUGUAAUAUAAAUUCAGACCAUAUCCACACACAACAACUAAUUGUAUGAAACUUUUAUAUCCUAAUUUAAAAAGCUGUGAAAUUAGUUUUCACGCAUCAAACCGGAUUGUUUAUAUGUUGAAACAUUUUAUGCUCUUAUUUAAAGAAGACUGAGCUAUUUUUUUCUGUACCCUGUAAAAUAUUGAGAACUAACAUAAUAAUGUCGAGGUUGCUUGGAAAUGUACAUAAAACUAAAAUUUUCUGAAUUGUGUGUUUAUGUUUGAAAUCUGUGUUUUAACUUUGUAAGUAAAUUCUCUGCCUUUGUAUUUAUAUUUUACAAAAAUUUUCUUAAAAGGCAAUAAACCUGUUGCGGAAAGGAGAAAAUUGGA